GGGAGAUGGGCCUGGCUGCUUAGGAGCUGAGAUAAGGAAACAGCAUCAGACUUUAACAACAGCGGCAAGGACGCCGGCUCCAGCCCAACCCAGCUGACUUCUCCUCCAUCCCCCAAAGGACAGGGAUCAUCUCUGGCACCAGCUAAAAGGCUGUCGGACCAGUGAGGUAGAUCACGUCUUGCUGACAGCACGAUACAAAGCCAUCCCGGGCCUCUGGAGGGUUUGAGAUCCUCUACCCGAGAGGAGCAGACGGGGCUGGCUUCAGAGGAGAGGAUCGGCAGGGGAGGUCGCCCUUAGAGAGCCCCACAGACGGGAAAGGAGACAUCACACGCACCGUGAGCACUCAGAGCCAGAUAGAUGGAUUUCCUGGAAUCUCUCACUCCAGGUGAGAGGCAAGUGUUCCAAUAUUUGAAUCAUUCCCAUCGCUCCUCUCUGAGUCCUCUCCAAUUUAUCACCAUCCUUGAGUUUGAAGACUUUGACCUAACACAGUGACCAGGAAAUAAGUGGAGAAAGAGGUAAGACAGAGAGAACUGAAGACAUCCCCAUGGCUGUGAAGGGCACCUCUCUCCCCACAACUCUGUUGGAUGUCUUCUCCACCUUCUCUUAUGAUGAUGACUCUGGCUACAAUCAUGACGAUGCGGUCCGGAAGCUAGCACUCAUCAAUAAAAUGCAUGUGGUCACUAUGAUCAUCUAUUCCAUUGCCUUCGUGCUGGGAGUGACGGGCAACGGGCUGGUCAUCUUCAUCACCGGCUUCCGGAUGAAGAGGACGGUCAACACCAUCUGGUUUCUCAACCUGGCCGUGGCCGACUUCAUCUUCACCUUCUUCCUCCCCUUCAGUGUGGCCUACACAGCCCUGGGCUUCCACUGGCCCUUUGGAAGGGCCUUGUGUAAGAUCAACAGCGCUUUGGCCUUCCUCAACCUCUACGCCAGCGUCUAUCUCCUCAUGGUCAUCAGCAUAGACCGCUGCAUCUCCGUACUGCAUCCCGUGUGGGCCCAAAACCACCGCACACCCCACCUGGCUUUACUGGUAGCCUUGGGUGUGUGGGUCGUGGCCUUCGCCUUGUGUUCUCCAAACCUAUACUUCCGCCACACGGCACCCUCCCCAUACAACAAGAACAUCACCAACUGCUACAACAAUUUCGACACGGCCGGGGAAGGGGCUACCAAAGAGCAGAGAGACAGGUGGGUAAACACAAACCACCGGGCCAUGAUCAUCAGCCGCUUUAUAUUAGGCUUCCUUAUCCCCUUCACCGUCAUCGUGUGCUGCUAUGGUGCCAUCUUGGCCAAGCUAAGGAGGAACCAACUGGCCCGAACUGGGAAGCCCUUCAAGGUCAUCGCCGCCGUGAUCGUGGCUUUCUUCCUCUGCUGGCUCCCCUACCACAUCUUCUCCUUCCUGGAGAUGAACCGGACACCCAGCCUGGACACCACCCUCAUUGUCGGCCUCCCCUUGACCGCCAGCCUGGCCUUCAUCAACAGCUGCCUCAACCCCAUCCUCUAUGUCUUCAUGGGUCAGGACUUCAAGGAGAAGCUGCGCCGCUCCCUCUUCUCAGCCUUCGAAAGUGCCUUCAGCGAGGAGACCGCCAGCACCGUUACGAACACGAAGAGCAAGUCCACAGACAUGGACUCCCAGGUCUUCUAGGCACCAUGCGUCUGCUGAGAGCUGGGAACCUCAGCUGUGUUCGGCCAGAAUCUCUCUCCCACAUCAACCGGGGCAAAAUUGACCCAAUGAACUCCACCCUUCCAUAGACAUGAUUCCCUGCUCAGCUCUGUUUGUGUUGAUAUACCCCUGCCAGGGAUGGUCUAGGUUCGCUUGGUCCUGUCUCGCCAUGGAAGAAGAGGCUUGAAAGCCUCUUGAGGUUCCUUCUAACCCUACAUUUCUGUGAACAGAUGCUUCCAUAUGGAUAGAUAGAAGCCAACGAAGAACAAAAUGCCAUCACCCGGUGGUGGGAUCCGUUGCUGAUUUCUCUGUAGUAAAUGCAUUCAGUGAGCAUAACUCGAGCAGCAUUUUCUAUACCCAAGAGUGAUUUUCGGGGCAUCCAGCUGGAGAUAUCUAGUGUUCGGAGGGACUUUGUCGAAAUGACAUCUCUUUAAAAUGGCUCCAUUUGGUUUCUGAGAACAAACACUUAAACCUUGGCUUUUCUCCUUUCCUCCUUAAUAGCAUGUAUCUCAGUUUCUUAAUUAACAGAGUUUUAUUGG